AUGGCGUCCCGAUGGCUCCUGCUAGUGGGCUACCUGACGCUGGCUCUCAUGCUGCGGCCCAGCAUUGCAAAAUCAGCCGGAGAGCCCAAAGUCACCACGACGAAAUUUGACUUCGCUCCGGUGUCCCUUUUCUACUUCGAGGACACGGAUAACGUCCUCAUGAGCCUGGAGAACGGUGAUAUCUUCCAGUCAUUUGAUGGAGGUGAACAAUGGGCGCCGGCUAUUGGAGAGGGCGAAGGCAUGAAACAGCGGGUGGUUUGGGUUCAACAACAUCCUUUCGACAAGAACAAAGCUUAUGCCCUGGGCAACGAUGGGCGUCAUUUCAAGACGAAGGACCAAGGCAAAACCUGGGAUGCUUUCACAAUUGACGAAUUCCCAGCGUUACAGCAACACGCACCUCUUGUCUUCCAUGGUUGGGAUUCGAGCAAGAUUAUCUUCCAAAGCGAGGAAUGCGCCGGGUUUUUCUGCAUCGUGAGAUCAUACUAUACGACGAACGACUUCGAAACGACUAAGCUGUUGCGCGAGAGCGCUGCCGGAUGCUCUUGGGCCGUUGGCCAUCCAGAUUUCGCGGAUAAUCUCCCAUCUUUCGAUCACAUUGUCGACAGAACGCUAUGCGUUGUCCCAGGCUUGAAGGUGCCCUUUGGUCAUGCUAACCGUCUGGUGUACUCCGACGAUUAUUUCAGCAGUAGUACUGAUGGCAUAGAAGUGAAACUACACGCAGACCGGCCAAUCUCUGGAGUCAUCAGUACCGCUGCUGUCAAGAAGUUUGUCGUUGCUGCUGUUAAGUCAAAGGGAACCGACGAGCUUGCUUUAUACGUGACCACUGAUACAAUUACUUGGAGUCGGGCAGAGUUUGGCGGUCACAGGAUAGAACAAGAUGCCUACACCAUGCUGGAAAGCACCAACUACAGCCUGCAGGUGGAUGUUUUGACCAGCCCUUUCAGUGGCAUGGGCGUGCUAUUUACCUCAAACUCGAACGGUACAUUCUUUACUCGCAAUAUCGAGCACACCAAUCGCAAUGAAGCCGGUAUUGUGGAUUUUGAAAAAGUUGCUGGAAUUCAGGGCAUCGUAUUGGUCAACACGGUCAAGAAUCCUGAAAAGGUUGAGUCAGGCUCCGAAAAGAAAAUUAUCAGCCAAAUAAGCUUUGAUGAUGGAAGAACCUUCCAACCGCUCAAAGUGGGCGACAAACAUCUGCAUCUACACUCGGUGACUACUUUCGCGAAUAUUGGCCGGGUAUUCUCGAGUCCGGCGCCGGGAGUAGUCAUGGGUGUCGGUAACACAGGCGACAGCCUCAAGAAAUACAAUGAUGGAGACCUGUUUGUUUCAGACGAUGCAGGAGUAACUUGGCAGCAUGCUCUUGACGGGCCCUAUAAAUACGAAUUCGGUGACCAGGGUGCUGUGAUAAUGGCGGUCAGUGAUACUGGGAAGGCGAAAAAGGUCAAAUUCUCUCUCGAUCAUGGCAAGGAGUGGGAAUCAAUUGAUCUAGAACACAGGAUUCAACCCACCAUGGUCACAACGACUCCCGACUCUACCAGCCUAAAGUUUGUUCUCGUUGGGCAGGAGAAUGGUGAUGGCGACUACAUUGUGUAUUCAAUUGAUUUCAAGGGCCUCCACGAACGAAAAUGUGGUCAGGAUGACUUCGAAAAGUGGCCGGCCAGAUUGAAUGAGAAAGGUGAACCUGAUUGUUUGAUGGGCCACAAACAAUAUUAUCGGCGCAGGAAGGCCAAUGCAAAUUGUUUUGUGGAUGAGGAGUUCAAAGACCCUCAGCCGAUCCUAGAACCAUGCAAAUGUACGGCCGAAGACUACGAGUGCGAACAACGCAGCGAAGAUGGGCAAAGCUGUAAGCCUGCUGAAACCCCAAGACCUCCAGAGGGCAAAUGCACAAACCCCACCGAUAAAUAUUUGGGUCCAUCAGGUUGGAGGCUCAUUCCGGGAAAUUCCUGCAUCCGAGAAGGCGGCAAGAACAUGGAUGAUCAGAUUGAGUGGUCAUGUGAAGACGUGGGAAAUUCUCCUGAUAGCAAUGGCAAGAUCAGCCAUACGAAACAGUUCUUUGACGCAAAGCAAUUCAGCGCAUACUAUUACUUGGAACGCCAGUCCAGCAACUCAGGGACUGACGAAACUGUCAUCAUGUUGACAAGUGCACACAACCUAUAUCUCUCGCAUGACCACGGUAAGACGUGGCAGCAGUCAUUGCAAGGGAAGAAAAUUACCAGAAUUGCACCUCAUCCGUAUAGCAGUGACACAGCCUUUCUCCUGACUGACGGCAAGGAGGCAUUCUGGACGGUUGAUCGCGCUCAGACAUUCAAACACUUUGAGGCACCGAUCCCGGCUACUCAUGACCGUGUCCCGACAAUCUCGUUUCACCCACAGUAUAAAGACUGGCUUAUAUGGACCGGUGCUGUGGAUUGUGAGUCUGGCGAUUGCCAUUCCAAUGCCCAUAUCAGCCAGAAUCGUGGCGAAAAUUGGAAACUUCUUCUCCGCUAUGUUCAGAAAUGCGAGUUCGAGAGUCGAGAGACGCGUCCCGACAGCAAUAAAUUGAUUUUCUGUGAGCAGUUCGAAAGUGAAAAUCGAAACAACCGAUUGCAACUCUUAUCCAGCGAAAAUGAGUUUGCCGAUCGACGUGUCCAUUUCGAGGAUGUUAUAAAUUAUGCCACAAUGUCCGAAUUCGUUGUGGUAGCGUCUCGAAACCCGGAAAAGCCGGAAUCCCUGACUGCGAGCAGUAGUGUGGAUGGCCGGACCUUUGCGGAAGCACACUUUCCUCCAAACCUUGAUGUUCCUAUCCAGACAGCCUAUACUGUUCUCGAAAGCUCUACUCAUGCUGUUUUCUUGCAUGUGACUGUGAGCAAUGUUGAAGGAGGCGAGUACGGCUCCAUCAUAAAAAGUAAUAGUAACGGGACCUCUUACGUGCUCAGCCUAGGCGCAGUGAGUCGGGACCAUCGUGGCUAUGUUGAUUUCGAGAAAGUUCAGGGACUCGAAGGUGUUGCUAUUGCGAAUGUUGUCAGCAAUGUGGACAGGCUUUCUUCCGAUGCGGAUGGCCAAAAGUUUGGUUGUGCCGUGGAAGAAGGAAAUGGGAUUCCGGGUUGCUCGCUCCACCUUCAUGGCUAUACAGAGCGCAGGGAUGAAAGAGACACAUAUUCGUCUGGCUCGGCAAUUGGCCUGAUGGUCGGCAUAGGUAAUGUGGGCGAUCAUUUGGCUAGCGAUGGCGAGCCAGAUACAUUCAUCACACGCGAUGCUGGCUUCACUUGGAAGUUUGUGAAGCAAGGCCGGUAUCUGUGGGAAUUUGGUGACUCUGGUUCUGUUGUCGUGAUUGUGCGUGAGUCAAUACCGACCAAAGUACUUUAUUACAGUACGGACGAAGGUGAUACUUGGGAAGAAUACCAGUUUUCGGAUGUUCCAAUGCAGAUCGAAGACAUCUCGACUGUCCCGUCUGAUACUUCGAAAAAUUUCCUUCUUUGGGGUAAAGAUGCGGAGUCGGAGAAUCGAGAUAAACUCGCGACUGUCAAUAUUGACUUUAGUAAACUCAGGGCCGCCUCAUGCCAGUUGAACGAAGAUAGUGGAGCCACCGACGAUUACUACAUUUGGGAGCCAAGCCACCCUUUUGAAGACAAUAACUGCUUGUUUGGUCAUGUUGAACAGUAUCAUCGCAAGAAACCCGCUGCUCAAUGUUGGAACGACUGGCGUGAGCCCCACAUUCACAGCAUAGGGAGGAACUGCAGCUGUACCAAAUCCGACUUUGAAUGUGACUAUAACUACGAACCUUUGAGUGAUGGUAGCUGCGGGCUCGUCAAGGGAUUGUUCCCACCGGAUGCGAUGGCUGUUUGUAAGGUGGAUCCCGAUCGUGUCGAAUACUGGGAGCCCACAGGAUACCGGCGCCUGCCCCAAACGACUUGUCAAGGGGGAUUGGAGUUAGACCAUCUGGCGUCGAAGCCCUGCCCAAAUAAAAAGGAGGAAUAUCAACGUAGACACGGCAUCGGUGGAGUUGGACUGUUCUUUGCCAUUGUGACACCCAUCGCUGUGGCCGGUGCUGUUGGAUACUAUGUCUAUACCAGAUGGGACGGCAAAUUCGGUCAAAUUCGCCUUGGAGAGAAUGUUAGCACCUCUUCUGGUUUGCUGUCGCGAGACUCGCUGCUCAUAACUAUUCCCGUCACCAUAAUCGCGGGCGCGGUGGCUGUUGCUAAAUCCUUGCCGCUUUUGGCGACUAGCUUAUGGCGAAGUGCAAGCGGUGUUUUGCGUCUCAGGCGCAGUGGAGGCUAUACACGACCCUACUCGUCUCGGGGUGCUUUUGCAGCCCGACGAGGCGAUUACACUAGCGUUGUCGAUGAUGAGGAUGAGCUUCUUGGGGUGGAAGAUGCCGAAAUUGACGAGGAAGAUGAGCUCUAG